CACGAUGGUUUGAUACCAGCUAAUGAAAUAUGGUUGAAGCUUGGAGGAGAUAAGGGUGGUUCAUCAGUGAAAAUAUCGUUUCAAAUUGUCAAUACUGUUAAGCCAAAUUCAGUUGAAAACAGCUGCGUUUUCUGUCUUUUUGAGGCUCCAGAUUCUGUUUUCAAUCUCCAUUUAGCAUUAGAUCAGUAUUACUCUUGUGUCUCUAGUCUCCAGAAGGCUAAAUGGAAGGAAUAUAGUAUUCGUGUUUUCAUGUCGGGGGAUUAUGAAUUCCUGUGCAAUAUAUAUGGAAUAUCAGGAGCGAGUGGGCGUCACUGCUGCCUUUGGUGUACUAUCACUAAUGAGGAAUUAAAGAUCCCCCGAACAACUCGGCAGCAAGGAACUAUUACACCACGGUCUCUUGCAACACUUUCACAGAAAUAUUCUGAAUUUGAAGCAGAUGGUUCCAAUCUCAAAAAAGCAAAGAUGCAUGACAAUGUCAUUGGAAAAGUAUUUUUUGAUAUACCACUAAGCCAAGUCUGCCCACCUGGUCUCCACAUUACACUUGGAAUUUUCCAAAGGUUAUUUAACCUUCUUGAAGAGGAAUGCCACCAGCUAGAUCUCAGUAUCACCGAGCCUUGUACUACAAACUCAGGAAUGUCUUUCCGUGACUAUCUACAAGCCAAAUCAACUAUAACAGUAACUGAACAAGAGCAGUCGGUACUUACUGCAGAGCUGAACCAAGCUCAGCAGAUCCUAGCUUUACUGUUGCUGAAUAGUCCUAACCCACAACAUGACAUAAGGGUACAGAAUGUAACGCGACUCAUACAUAGUCAUAGUACCAAAAUAUCAACUAAUAAUCACACUAUAGUUCAAAACAAGAGAAUAGUCAAACAGGGAUUUGAACGUGAAGAUGGCAUUUUUGUAAAAUCGCUUGAAAGAGCCAUGGCAUCAUUUCACGUAGAAAGGCAAGUGUACCAUGGAGGUUCUUUUGUUGGUAAUCACAUUCACAGGGCUCUAAAGCCAGAAAACAUCAAGACCAUGUGCAAUUCAGUGAUAGCAACAGCAACAUCUCUUAACAACUCAGCACUGCAGUCUAAAGCAGAUGAAAUAAAUGACAAAUUUAUGGAUGCCUUCAAUCUUUUUGCACAAUGUCAUACAAUAUAUGACAGCAAUACAUUACUAUCAAAUGCUAAAAUUAAUGAAUUAGAGACAGCAAUAGACGCCUUUCUGCGAUUCUACAGGGAGUCAUUUACAGCAACUGUUCUCCCAAAGAUGCAUAUGCUAGAGGACCACUUGGUUCCUUGGGUUAAGAGAUGGAAAGUAGGGUGUGGAUGCAUGGGUGAACAAGGAGCAGAGUCCCUACAUGCCAUGUUCAAUAAUGUGGAAAGGGCCUACAAUAAUAUAGUAGACAGAAUAGAGAGGCUAAGUGUACUGCUGCAAAACCAUCACUUCAAGCUAUUGCCAGCAAACAAGUCACUUGAACCACCACCGCUCAAAAAAAGACCCACAAAACCAAGGGACUAAAUGAAUAGUGCUGUGUGAAUUAUAUAUUGUCAUAUGUGUAUGUAGCUCUAAAUUAUUAUUGUCGUACACUAAGCAUCUGAGUUUAAGCCUUUAUAACUCCACGACAAAAAA